GCGGGACCCCGUCACGUGACGGGGGAGCAAGAUGGCGGCGCCCAGGGCGGAGGCGGCGACGGAGGCCUAGCGGGGCCCCUCCAAGCCAAAGGCGCGGCGGCCGCAGGAUCUGCUGUCUUUUUACGAGCGGAUCUUCCCGUUCCCAAACUUAAGCGGCGCCAAGAUGGAUCAUCAGAAGCUGGCGGAGCUGGACGAUCUCCGGGGGAGAAGACUGAGGAGCCUGGAAGUCAUCGCCAGGAAAAUCGAGCUCCUUCCUGAGUUAGAAAGGAACCUGCUCACGUACGGCUCGGGGUACGUCGGCGUGAACGCGGGCCUGUGCGGCCUCACGGCCAACACUUUCUUCCGCCGCAUCCUCAACGUCACGCAGGCUCGCCUCUCGGCCAGCCUGCCCAUGGCCGUCCUUCCCUUUCUGACCACCACCGUGACCUACCAGACUUUCGUCACCGACCCUUUGAAUUUGGGUCUCCUCAACUGUGAAACCUGCACCACCAUCAGAAGCGGAUUGGUCGGUCUGCUGGUCGGAGGGCUUUACCCCGUUGCCUUGGCCUUGCCCAUCAACGGAGCCUUGGCAGCCAUAUACCACACGAGCCCGCUGCCACAGAGAGGAAACAUCCUAAACUACUGGAUAACUCUUUCAAAGCCCGUCUUCAGAAAGAUGCUUUUUCCUGUACUGUUGCAGACGGCGUUUGCCUUCUACCUUGGCUCCAGACAGUACGGAAUAUUCAUAAAAGCACUUCAGUUGCCGGAACCUGGUGUGGACGAAAAAAAGUCUCACUGACAAAGAGCCUGUGUGUGUCAGAGGGAACACCUAAGGAAAUAUAAAAAUAAAAAAAAAAAAUCCUACACUAAA